CGUAGCGCGGUGGAGAAGAGAUGAUGAAUGAGACAGAUGACACGGACAGAGCAUGAAAUGAUCUGAAUGAUCAGUGUGUGGAGAUGAUGCUGAUGCACAAACACACAGAAAUGAACAUUGAGGAGAUUUGUGCCGAUAUAUGGAUGAUGUUGUUCGCGGUUGAUUUGCAGUGAACGCGCUGUUCGGGCAUCAUGAUGAAACACUGAUUCACAUCAUUCAUGUCGGACUGAAACAUUCGAGAAAAACAGCAACAACACGAUCAUCUUUACACACAAACAGCACGAGAGAGAGAGAGAGAGAGAAGCGAGCAAGAUGGGGGAGCAGCCGAUCUUCAGCACUCGCGCUCACGUCUUCCAGAUCGACCCGAACACUAAAAAGAACUGGCUGCCCACCAGCAAACACGCCGUCACUGUGUCGUACUUCUACGACAGCACACGCAACGUCUACCGCAUCAUCAGCCUGGAUGGGUCAAAGGCGAUCAUCAACAGCACCAUCACACCAAACAUGAACUUCACCAAAACAUCGCACAAGUUCGGUCAGUGGGCGGACAGUCGCGCCAACACAGUCUACGGGCUCGGCUUCUCGUCUGAAGCUCAUCUGAGUAAAUUUGCAGAAAAAUUUGCAGAGUUUAAAGAAGCGGCGCGAUUAGCGAAAGAGAAAUCUCAGGAGAAGAUGGAGUUAACCAGCUCCCCAUCACAGGAAUCCGCGACAGACCUUCAGUCUCCAGUGACCCCUGAGAACAUCAACGGAACCGACGAGCGAGUGACGCCUGUCGCCGCGUUCAACACCGAGAGCCGCGCGGAGCUCAACGCUGUACCGUUCCCUCACAGCUCGACGUCCAUCACUAAACACUGGGAGGCGGAGCUCGCCACUCUAAAGGGAAACAACGCCAAAUUAACGGCGGCGCUGCUCGAGUCCACCGCUAACGUCAAACAGUGGAAACAGCAGCUGGCGGCGUAUCAGGAUGAGGCCGAGAGACUGCACAAACGGGUGACAGAGCUGGAGUGUGUUAGUGGACAAACAACAGGCAUCAAAACACAGAAAACUGAACUGAAUCAGACCAUUGAAGAACUUGAAGCCGAACUCAAAGCUAAGGAGGAGGAACUGGAGAAGCUGAAAGAGGAAGUUGAAAACGCCAACCAGCUACAAACACAGAAAGAUUCACUCACACAGAAGCUGCAGGAGACGGAGUCGCGGAACGCAGAUCUGGAGUCUCAGCUGUCGGAUCUGGAACAGCGUUUGGAGAACAGUCAGCUGGACGGCGAAGCGUUCCGGAAGAGUCUGCGCUCACUGCUCGAGCUGCUGGACGGGAAGAUCUUUGAGCUGACAGAACUGCGCGACAGUCUCGCUAAACUCGUGGAGAGCGGCAGCAGUUAAACACACACACACACACACACACACACACACACACACACACACACACACACACACACACACACACACCAGCAG